AUGGUCCAGUCGUUAAAGUCCAAAAAGCACACAUCAAAGCUUCAUGCAGGACGUAACAAGGGUCACAUUCCCAUCGGGUCGUUAUCUUCAAGUAGUGAUACACCCUAUCAAAAUCACAGCUGGAAGAGCAUGUAUCAUUUACCUCCAACAGGAGAAAUAACAUUGGAGCAAUUUGAAGAGUAUUCGUUUCAACGAUUGAAAUUACUCAAAAUGAUAGACACAUGGAAGGCAAGAAACAUUUCCGGAAAAGCAUUACAAGACAAUAUUAUAGAGGAAUCAAACAAAAUAUUUGAUUUGAGAAUUGCUCAAGAUUUGGAUCAUUGUGAACCUGAUUGGAUUUCUCAUCACAUUCUGAGAUUAGCCUUUGCUAAAAAUGAGCAAUUGAAACAAUGGUUUUUGACCACAGAGUGUGCACUGUUUGAAAGUAGACUCAUGUAUGAUUCUUCACAAGACUCUUAUAUCGACAUUUUACAAAGAAAUGGUAUCAUUGCUGAACGAGUAUCUGUUGAGGAAAAGAGAAAACUAGAAUCACCACUCUCCAAAAUGUUCACAAAAUACUAUUUCCAUUUACAAUAUCAACAAAAGGAAAACACUGAAAAUGAUGGCCCAAUAUUAGUUACACACAAAUCUCACUCAAAUAUGGAAAGAUUUAAUGUCGAAGAUACUUUGGUUUUUAAAGUAGAUUUUGUUUCGGUUUUACAAUUGGUUGGAAAUCGAAGCGUUUAUAUUCAAAAUGGAAAAGCCUAUUUGUUCUUACAUGAUCUCACUUCGUUGAUAAAGCAACACUAUAGAGCUAAUUUAGCUGUAGCACUAGCAAAGAUUCAAUCUCUCUAUCCAGAAUAUUUGAAAGAAGAAGAAAAGGAUAGAUUACUUCCUUUCCUUAGAGAUGUUAUUCCCGCAGCCAGUGAAGGAAAAUCUCUCUUCUCCAAUACAACGUCUUUCAUGAGCACUGGAGAAGUGAAACCAGAACAAAUUGAUGCUUUGAGCAAACAGAGCUUCCCACUUUGUAUGAGAGUAUUGUACAAGGAGCUGAAAGAAAAACACCAUUUGAAGCACUAUGGCAGAAUGCAGUUUGGUCUUUUCCUUAAAGGAAUUGGCCUUAAACUAGAGGACGCUUUACAAUUUUGGAAAGAUCACUUUACUGCAGACAAUACCAUGACCUCGGACUCAUUUGACAAGCAAUAUGCAUAUAAUAUUAGGCACAACUAUGGUAAGGAAGGUAAAAAGACCAACUAUUCUCCAUAUGGAUGCACCAAAAUUAUUAACAACCCUGAAUAUGUAUGCCCUUUUAAAGUUUUCAAACCAGAAGAAUUGAGAAAUGAAAUUCGAUCUUAUGGGGGUGGAUCGUCUUUUGAUGAAAAAGAAGUUCAGGAGGUUGUUGAUCUUGCCAAGGAUCAUCACUAUCAGUUGGCGUGUAGACGAUUCUUUGAGUUGAGUCAUGGAAUUCAGAAGAAGGCAAACAAUAUGCAGCUCAUUGAUAAGGAAGACGAUGGUGUACCAUUUAGUCAUCCUAAUUCUUAUUUCUCCAAAUCAGUUAAAUGGCUGCGAGAGAAGAACUCGGCUCAUAGUGCACAGCCAGCCGCAGCCUCUUCCUCUUCUGACCAAGAACCAGCCACAGCUACUGAUUUAAACGAAACCAACUCAAUGCAAGAUGAAUAG